AUGCACUAUGCGUAUUUUCGUAUGUCAGCUGGCCGAUUCGACGACCUUUUAAGUCGUGUGGAACCACACAUACGGCACCAGGGCACACACAGCAUGCCAGUUGAUGCCGCCCAGAGACUCGCUGUGGUUCUACGGAUUUUAGCCUCUGGCGGAACCCAACAGGCUGUAGCGGCGAGCUACAAGCUGUCAUCCUCCACGGUGUCCGGCAUUGUGUCCGAGGUAUGUAAGGCGCUGUGGACAGCUCUACAGCCAGAUUACCUACCCUGUCCCUCAGCCAGCGACUGGACAGCGAUAGCAGUGGACUUUUGGCGGCUCUGGAACUUUCCUAACUGCGUGGGAAGCCUUGACGGGAAGCACGUUAACAUCAAGGCACCACCUCAUUCCGGGAGUGAUUUUUUUAAUUAUAAAGGAGCUCACUCCAUCGUUCUGAUGGCGACGUGCGAUGCAAGGUAUCGGUUCACUAUGGUGGACGUUGGAGGUUACGGGCGGGAGAGCGACGGUGGCGUUCUGAAGGAGAGCGCAUUCGGAGCGCAGCUGCUCGAGAACAAACUCAACCUCCCACCUUCGGCGUUUCUUCCCGGGUCCAGGACCGAUGCCCCGCACGUGAUAGUUGCGGAUGCUGCCUUUCCCCUGCACAACAACAUCAUGCGUCCAUUUCCAGGGGCAAAUCUGAGCAGGGAGAAGAGGAUUUUCAAUUACCGCCUCUCCAGAGCCAGGAGGGUAAUUGAAAAUGCCUUUGGUAUCAUGGUGGCACGCUGGAGGAUCCUGGGCAGGUCAAUAGAGUUCUUGCCGGAAAAGGCUGAGGAUGUGGUCAAGGCCUGUGUAGUCCUACACAACUACCUGGCCUACACAGAUGCGGCGACCACACCUGAGAGCCGAUACAUAACGCCCAGUUUCUCAGACACAGACUUGGGGGGAACGGUACAGCCUGGAGAGUGGCGCAGAGUGGUGGCUGGCGAUGCCAAUCUGUCACAGACGCCACAGAUGUCAAGGAGCCGUGCCACCAGAGCUGCACAGGGAGUGAGGAAUGACUUCAUGCAGUUCUUUCAGACACCUGAGGGAGCGGUUGCAUGGCAGAAUGACAUAGUGUCACGUGGCACACUUGACCCCAGCUGA